AUGGGGUCAUCUCUGGGAAGGCACGUGCACGAGAAAGUUGAAACAGACACCACCAGCGGCGAUCUUCAAGCCAUUCGAGACCUGCACCAGUCAACCGAUUCCAAAAAGCAACCCAGCCUACUAGCCCACAUCGCCGCCCGGGCGGCAGGCAAAGCUCAGCUCGAAAUAUUGGAUUGGGUCUUCAGCGAGGGGUUUCGCGUCGCCCCGGGCUCCUUGAACAAUGAGUUCUACCAUCAAGCCUGCUACGCACAAUCCCUUGCCGUCUGGAAGACCCUGGUCAAGAACGGGCUCGAUCUGAACGGCCACCACAGCGAAGUCGUCGGCGAUGCGCUGAGUCUAGCAGCCUACUACGGCAAUGUGGAAAUCGCGCGCUUCCUGCUGGAGAACGGACAGGAUCCCAACGAGGCGUGGGGCGGGUACGAUGACCUGGAGCCCGGCGUGGCCGCGUUAGCUGGCAAGAAGCCGUCAGUGGAGAUCCUGUGGUUGAUGCUGCAGCAUGGAUGGCGCCAGGGGAGAAGUGCCGCGCACAUUGCCGCGGCGGAGCUGGGUAAUAUGGAGGCGCUGGAGUUGCUGGUGGAGCAUGGGGCGGAUCUGGAGGAAGCCAGUGGGUGGUGGACGAACUCGUAUAAGGGCCAGCGAGAGCCGGUGAUGUAUCUGCUGGGCAAAGGGGCGAAUGUUCACUUUAGAGAUGAGAUGGGGCGAUCGAUUCUGUGGGCUGCAAAGCAGGGAGGGAAUGAGGAGGUGGUUGAGUUGGUGAAAUUAGCUGGUCUGGAGGAUGAGUGA